CAUUCCAUAUAAACCCUAUCCAAACCCUUUAGCCAAAAAUGAGCCUCACACACCAAACCAAUUCAUGCUAGCAAAAAUGCUCCACACUCUCUUCUUCUUCCUCUUUUCUCUCCUCCUCUCCUCCUGUCAUGCUUCUGUCCUCGACUUCUGCGUUGCGGACCCAAAGCUUCCCCAAGGCCCUGCAGGCUACUCCUGCAAAAAGCCUGCCAAAGUCACCGUCGAUGAUUUCGUGUUCACCGGCCUAGGCAUGGCCGCGAACACUUCAAACAUCAUCAAAGCCGCUGUGACUCCAGCAUUCGAUGCCCAGUUUCCUGGGGUGAAUGGCCUCGGUCUGUCCAUUGCCCGACUAGACCUAGCACCGGGCGGUGUGAUACCGAUGCACACUCACCCCGGAGCAUCUGAACUCUUGCUUGUCGUGCAAGGGUUCAUCGUUGCGGGGUUCGUGGAUUCAAGUAAUGCGGUUUAUGUUAAGAAGCUUAAAAAGGGUGAUGUUAUGGUGUUCCCUCAAGGGUUGUUGCAUUUUCAAGUGAAUGGUGGUGGCAUACCAGCCAUUGCUUUUCCUACCUUCGGUAGCCCUAAUCCCGGCCUCCAAAUCCUCGAUUUCGCGUUGUUUGCAAACAACUUGCCAUCGCCAUUGGUGGAGAAGACAACAUUUCUUGAUGAUGCUGAGGUGAAGAAGCUCAAGGCUGUUCUUGGUGGUACUGGCUAAUUAAUGCAAUCAAACAUCUGUUUGUCAUUCUUGUUUUCCAUUUUAUUUUUAUUUUUAUUUUUAUUGCUGUGUUUUUUGGAACUGUUUCUUCUUGAACCCCAUUCUUUUACGUGUGACUUUGACUUUGCCUCAUGUAUCAUAAUUCUUGUGACCAAUGGGAAUUUUGUACGUGUGUUUGGUUUUUCAAUCUUUAAAAAUUGCAAUAGAACUGUUUUCUUUGCUUUA